AAUGCUGAUUCAGCGUACAUUCUUUGUGCACUGUGCUAUAGAAACAUUUGAAAAUGUCUCUUUUUCUUUUCCGUUUAAGCAAAAAUGAGGCAUUGGGGUCUACAACAUUGUUUGCUUAUGUAACAAGAAUCUGUCUAAUAUGUAGAGGCAACUUGAUAGUUAAAAGAUUUGGAAAAGAAGAAUGUAAGAAAACUUUAGUGGAAAACGAAUUUCAACUUUUGACUAAUGGGAUUAUUUCGAAAAUGACUUGUUUGAGCAUCAUUUGUAAUGGGUAAUUGGGUAUCUUAUGCUUUCUGCAAAUCUUGACUAAUGGGACAUUUUGCCCAACAAGUCAUAACCUUGAGUGCUAGGGGCUAGGGCUGUUCUCUAGGCAUGAUAUGCUUAAAUUCCUAGAUUUGGAACAAAUGUAUGCAAUAAAAAGUAUUCGUUUUUUUUUUAAAUAUAUAUCUUUGUAACAAUUGUUCAUGCAAGAAACCCAGCCCACACUCUUCCUGAUCACCACUUCAUCUGUAGUGCAUAGUGAAUACCAUCAUCACCAUGCUUAAAAGGCAGAGAUGUCAGGAAUUUCAUAUUUUACAACCUUGGUUGCUUAGAAAAUUACUUUGAUCAAGUAUUAUUGGAGAAUUCAUGGCUUUCUUGGCAACUGCCGAAGUUUGUGAUUCCAACGCAUCUCAUCUUGCGAGUGGUGACUUGCGGGUCCUGCAUCCGGUAUUUCAGAUCUAUGGGCAAUGCCGGGCAUUUUCAGGCCCUGUUGUUACUCUUAAGGUGUUUGAGGACAAUGUGUUGGUGAGAGAGCUUCUCGAGAGCCGAGGCGAAGGCCGAGUCUUGGUAAUAGAUGGUGCUGGAAGCAUGAGGUGUGCCUUGGUGGGAGGGAAUUUGGCGCAGCUAGCUCAGAAUAUGAAUUGGGCUGGCAUUAUUGUAAAUGGUUGCAUUAGAGAUGUAGAUGAGAUCAACGGCUGCGACAUUGGGGUCCGAGCAUUGGCGACACACCCUCAGAAAUCCGGCAAGAAGGGCAUUGGCGAGAAACACGUGCCUGUUUAUGUUGGCGGAACUUUAAUUCGCGAUGGGGAAUGGUUGUAUGCCGAUAGUGAUGGCGUCCUCAUUUCGAAAAAGACCUUGUGGUCUAGUGGCACCCGGUGUCCCGGUUUAUACUCUCACAUGGAUGAUGGGAGUGGGUUCGAAGUUCAGUGGAAUCAACUGUUGACUCUUUGUAACAUUGGGUCCGUAGUACUCAAAAAAAAAAAACAUACUUGUUUAUUUUGAGUAUGAUGAAUAUUCAGUUGUAAUUAUUACAAAUUCUUUUUAAACGUUUAUUUUGAGUGUAGUGCAUAUUACAUGUUCA